AUGCCAAUAUUAUCUUCUUCUUCAAACACUCGAAAAUAUUCAGAACAAAGCUUGGCUAAUUUCAACAGAGCUCAAUUCUUCUUUAAUCCUUCACAUAUUCAACCGCAAACUGAUCGUCGUUGUCUUCAACGUCUUCAUAUAGAAAAUUCAUUUGCAAAAUUAAAUAGUUUUGUUAUUUUUUCUUGUGGAGAAGAAAAAUUGCCAGCAGUUUUCAAAGAAUUUUAUGACGAAUUAAUUUAUUUUGAAAUAGAUCCAGCACAUUCAUAUCAACUUGUAAUUAAUUCUCUUACUUAUUUUUAUUCAAAAAUAACUUGGGCAACUUCUGUACAAAAAUGUGUUUUUGAAUUUAUUUGUGAAUUUCUCGGAGAAUUUCAUUCCCAUCUGGACAAAAAACAUCUUAUUGAAUUAGAAUUGGUUUGUUUGUUGGAACUUUUUAUGAUUCGAUAUGAAUACAAAAAUGGAAACGGAAAUAACAUUUUUAACAUCUUGGUUCAAAUUCGCAAAACUUCUAAAGGGGCUGAUUGUCAUCUUUCUGGUUUUGUAAACAAUUUUUUACGCCGCCCACUAGUAAGUCCAAUGCGUUUUGAUUUGACCUUUAUCUUUGUGUUUAUUUCCCUUUUUCACCUCUUUCCAUUUCUUCUCUUAAUAUUUUUUAUUUUUAAAAUUUUUAGUUUCGGCUACACUCUAGAACCUUUAUUACGUAAUAUUUGUGAUCGACUUAACCUUCAAGUUAAAUUAUAUCGCUCUUCUGAUUCACUUCAAAAUAUUUCAACAAAACGAAAAAGUUCAAUGACUAGUUCAAAUCAAGAAUCUCAUACUUCCUCAAUUGAACCGAAUAAUUCGUUUAGUGAAGACGAAGAAUUGAAUGAAGAAGAGGGAAAUUCUGAGGAUGAAAUAUCAAAAUCAAUUGAAAAGAAAAGGUCCAAGUCUCAUGAUAAAAUUAAUAAAUUAGCAAGCAAAAAAUUGAAGACGACUGACAAGUUAAAAAUUCGGAAGAAAGCUUCAAGGGGUCGUCGACGUUAUUGA